AGGGCUGCGUCCCCCGCAGCACCCCCUCAUCCCACCCGCGCAAGCCCCCAGUUUUCCCGCGAGGGGGCCACUGGAGCUCUCUGUCCGCCCCUCAUCCCCUCUCCUUCCUCCUGCUCCCCCCCAAAACCCGCCAGUGGCUCACGCCUCCUGCAUACGGGAUGAGGUGAGCAGCGCCGCUGCUGAGAGGGGGCGCGCGCGGGUGUGAGCGUGUGUCCGUGUGCGAGUGUGUGUGCGCCGGGCGGGCGGGCACUGCAGCUUCUUCCUCCGUGGAGCGGAGAGCGAGCGAGAGAGCUCGAGCAGCGAGCGCCAAAGGCGGGCAGAGGGGCGCGGGCGAAACGGUGCAGCCAUCCCAGGGCUAGAGCUGCGCAGCCACCAUGCUCAACAACCUGACGGACUGCGAGGACGGCGAUGGGGGAGCCAACCCGGGUGAUGGCAAUCCCAAGGAGAGCAGUCCCUUCAUCAACAGCACCGACACAGAGAAGGGAAAGGAGUAUGAUGGCAAGAACAUGGCCCUGUUUGAGGAGGAGAUGGACACCAGCCCCAUGGUGUCCUCCCUGCUCAGCGGGCUGGCUAACUACACCAACCUGCCCCAGGGCAGUAGAGAGCACGAAGAAGCAGAGAACAACGAGGGUGGAAAAAAGAAGCCAGUUCAGGCCCCACGCAUGGGCACCUUCAUGGGCGUGUACCUCCCCUGCCUGCAGAACAUCUUCGGCGUCAUCCUCUUCCUGCGGCUCACUUGGGUGGUGGGCAUUGCAGGCAUCAUGGAGUCCUUCUGUAUGGUCUUCAUCUGCUGCUCCUGUACAAUGCUCACAGCCAUUUCCAUGAGCGCGAUUGCAACCAAUGGUGUUGUACCUGCUGGUGGCUCCUACUACAUGAUCUCCAGGUCUCUGGGCCCAGAGUUUGGGGGCGCCGUGGGCCUCUGCUUCUACCUGGGCACUACCUUUGCUGGGGCUAUGUACAUCCUGGGCACCAUCGAGAUCCUGCUGGCUUAUCUCUUCCCAGCCAUGGCCAUCUUCAAGGCAGAAGAUGCCAGUGGGGAGGCAGCAGCCAUGUUGAACAAUAUGCGGGUGUAUGGCACCUGUGUACUUACCUGCAUGGCCACUGUUGUCUUUGUGGGUGUCAAGUACGUCAACAAGUUUGCCCUGGUUUUCCUGGGUUGUGUCAUCCUCUCCAUCCUGGCCAUCUAUGCAGGGGUCAUCAAGUCUGCCUUCGACCCACCCAAUUUCCCGAUCUGCCUCCUGGGGAACCGCACACUGUCUCGCCAUGGCUUUGAUGUGUGUUCCAAGCUGGCUUGGGAAGGAAAUGAGACAGUGACCACACAGCUCUGGGGCCUUUUCUGUUCCUCCCGCUUCCUCAACGCCACCUGCGAUGAGUACUUUACCCGAAACAAUGUCACAGAGAUCCAAGGCAUUCCUGGUGCUGCCAGUGGCCUCAUCAAAGAGAACCUGUGGAGUUCCUACCUGACGAAGGGGGUGAUCGUGGAGAGGCGUGGCAUGCCCUCAGUGGGCCUGACAGAUGGCACCCCCGUCGACAUGGACCACCCCUAUGUCUUCAGUGACAUGACCUCUUACUUCACUCUGCUCGUUGGCAUCUACUUCCCCUCAGUCACAGGAAUCAUGGCUGGCUCAAACCGGUCUGGAGACCUGCGGGAUGCCCAGAAAUCCAUCCCUACUGGAACCAUUCUGGCCAUUGCCACCACCUCUGCUGUCUACAUCAGCUCUGUUGUUCUGUUCGGGGCCUGCAUUGAGGGGGUCGUCCUGCGGGACAAGUUUGGGGAAGCUGUGAAUGGUAACCUGGUGGUGGGCACCCUGGCCUGGCCAUCUCCUUGGGUCAUUGUCAUCGGCUCCUUCUUCUCUACCUGUGGGGCUGGACUACAGAGCCUCACAGGGGCCCCACGCCUGCUCCAGGCCAUCUCCCGGGAUGGCAUAGUGCCCUUCUUGCAGGUCUUUGGCCAUGGCAAAGCCAAUGGAGAGCCGACCUGGGCCCUGCUGCUGACUGCCUGCAUCUGUGAGAUUGGCAUCCUCAUCGCCUCCCUGGAUGAGGUCGCCCCCAUCCUUUCCAUGUUCUUCCUGAUGUGUUACAUGUUUGUGAACUUGGCAUGUGCGGUGCAGACGCUGCUGAGGACGCCCAACUGGAGGCCACGCUUUCGCUAUUACCACUGGACUCUCUCCUUCCUGGGCAUGAGCCUCUGCCUGGCCCUCAUGUUCAUUUGCUCCUGGUAUUACGCGCUGGUAGCCAUGCUCAUCGCUGGCCUCAUCUAUAAGUACAUCGAGUACCGGGGGGCAGAGAAGGAGUGGGGCGAUGGGAUCCGGGGCCUGUCUCUCAGCGCUGCUCGCUACGCUCUCUUGCGCCUGGAGGAAGGGCCUCCGCACACCAAGAACUGGAGGCCCCAGCUCCUGGUGCUGGUGCGUGUGGACCAGGAUCAAAACGUGGUGCAUCCCCAGCUGCUGUCCUUGACCUCCCAGCUCAAGGCCGGGAAGGGCCUGACCAUCGUGGGUUCUGUCCUUGAGGGCACCUUUCUGGACAACCACCCUCAGGCCCAGCGGGCAGAGGAGUCUAUCCGACGCCUGAUGGAGGCCGAGAAGGUGAAGGGCUUCUGUCAAGUAGUGAUCUCCUCUAACCUGCGUGAUGGCGUGUCCCACCUCAUCCAGUCUGGGGGUCUUGGUGGGCUGCAACACAACACUGUGUUAGUGGGCUGGCCUCGCAACUGGCGGCAGAAGGAGGAUCACCAGACAUGGAGGAACUUCAUCGAACUGGUCCGGGAAACCACAGCAGGCCACCUGGCCCUGCUAGUCACCAAGAAUGUUUCCAUGUUUCCUGGGAACCCUGAGCGCUUCUCCGAGGGCAGCAUCGAUGUGUGGUGGAUCGUGCACGAUGGGGGCAUGCUCAUGCUACUGCCCUUCCUGCUGCGUCAUCAUAAGGUCUGGAGGAAAUGUAAGAUGCGGAUCUUCACUGUGGCCCAGAUGGACGACAACAGCAUCCAGAUGAAGAAAGACCUGACCACGUUUCUAUACCACUUACGCAUUACUGCAGAGGUGGAGGUGGUGGAGAUGCAUGAGAGUGACAUCUCAGCGUACACCUACGAGAAGACAUUGGUGAUGGAGCAGCGCUCACAGAUCCUCAAGCAGAUGCACCUGACCAAGAAUGAGCGGGAGCGGGAGAUCCAGAGCAUCACAGAUGAGUCUCGGGGCUCCAUUCGGAGGAAGAAUCCAGCCAACACUCGACUCCGCCUCAAUGUUCCUGAAGAGACAGCUGGUGACGGUGAGGAGAAGCCAGAAGAGGAGGUGCAGCUGAUCCAUGACCAGAAUGCUCCCAGCUGCCCUAGCAGCUCACCAUCUCCAGGGGAGGAGCCUGAGGGGGAGGGGGAGGCAGACCCAGAGAAGGUGCAUCUUACCUGGACCAAGGACAAGUCAGUGGCAGAGAAGAACAAAGGCCCCAGUCCUGUCUCCUCCGAGGGCAUCAAGGACUUCUUCAGCAUGAAGCCGGAGUGGGAAAACUUGAACCAGUCCAACGUGAGGCGCAUGCACACGGCCGUGCGGCUGAACGAGGUCAUCGUGAAUAAAUCCCGGGAAGCCAAGCUGGUUUUGCUCAACAUGCCUGGGCCUCCCCGCAACCGCAAUGGUGAUGAAAACUACAUGGAGUUCCUGGAGGUCCUCACUGAGCAACUGGACCGGGUGAUGCUGGUCCGCGGUGGCGGCCGCGAGGUCAUCACCAUCUACUCCUGAGGGCCAGGACCUGUCAAGCCGGCCAGAGCGCGCCCGGUCCGCGGCCCCGGAGCCCUCGCCGCGCCACCCCGCCGCUGUCACCGUUUACAUAAGAUCCUGUGCCCGUGCCCUGGCCCCUUUCCCCGCUGCCUGCAGCCCAGAGGCCGUGCCCGUCGGGGCUGACUCUGACGGCGGCCCGUGGGUCCCUUUUCUGAGCCCGGCCUCGCCCCACUGGAGCUGACGCUGCAAUAAAGGUGGCGUGGAAAGGAGCGGAGCCGCGGUCCCGGGCCGGGCAGCCCUGGGCUCGUCCCUUCCCACGCCCUGCCGCGUCCUCCCCGGGACCCUGGUCACCGAGCUCAGGCGCCGGCCGGCCGCGCUAUACAUAGUGUACAGGAGACAUCGCGUGUAUUUUUAAUGUCCCCAUAUUUCUGUAACUAGAAGCGCAACGGACUCCUCGCUACGGCCGCGCUCUCCCCGCUGUGGGCGCCCAGGGAGGCGGAGGCCCCGGGAGUCAGGUUUCCCUGCACCCGAGCUGAGAGCCAAGUGCUUUAUGGCCCGCGCUCUCCCUCCCUCCCAUGUCCACACCCUGGGCCUCCCUCUCUUCCUUCCAGUUCUUGGCAAACACAGGUGAGACGGCGGCCGGCUUCGGUGGAUGCGAGCUUUCUGGCGACCAGGAAAGCCAGGGGUCGAUUCUCCACGGGGGAGAAACCGAGGGCCGCACCUACUGAGCAAGCCCCGCCCGGUGCCUUCGCGGAGGAGCUUGCCGCCUGCUCCCCAUGGCUCCUCGCCAAAGACUGAAUUUGUGGAGCUGGAGGGCACCCACUCCCCAGUUUCCUCCCUGAGACAGGCGAGGGUCGAGGGGCCAAUGCCAGUCUAGAGGCCCGGGCAGCCUCUGAUGUUCCCUCCCUUGGUGUCCUUGGUGUCCCUCUGCAGGUCCUGCCUGGGGACGCAGCUGCCUACUGAGUGCUCUGGAGACAGGCCUUGCUGCCUAGUAGCAGGUCCUUAGAGCUAGGGCUGGACUCACGUGGGCUCUGUUGAUCCUCGCGCUUCUCUGCCCUCUUCUGACUUGGACCCAAGGCCUUUGGCUUCCCUAACUCGUCCUUGGCGCUUCCGCUCCACCAGCCCCACCUUUGGGGAGGUGCCCUCAGUCCUUAGAAAGGCGUUUGGCCGGUUCCCUUCCCCUAGGGCACGUUACUAAGGGGACAGGCACUGCAUGCUCCUUUAAGCGCCCUCUGGGACUGGGUACAGUGCCUCCAGCCCCAGGACCCUGGCCUGCGCACCUAGUUAGACAUCCUGCCCACUCCAGGGCCCGGGACCACUAGCUGACCUCACCACCUCCUUCCCCUUGAGCCCCAAGCAGAGAGCUGCAGCUGGCGUAGUCUAGACGGUCAGGUGUGGCCAGUGGCAGGGCUGGGAGUUUCUGCUCCGCUGCUGGGCCCAAGGCCCCUCUGCGAUUUGAUGUGGACUGGAUAUUCUUCCAGGCAGUAUCCAUAAAGCUGGAAGUGUGGGACCCAGGACAUGCCAUCCUUCAAGACUGCCCUCCCUUGCCAUGGUCUUGCCUUUUGGGGCAAGAGAGGGGCUGCGCAGAAGAGGCUGUUAUCAACAUCAAUUAGGGAACCAAAGUUGCACUACCUAGGCCCAGACUCUCUGGUUGGCAAGAGCAAAGUUUCCGUUGAUGAAACAUCCCACAACGAAACCCCAAGUUUUCUGUGCUCCAUGUGCAAUAUUUGUUAUGAACCUUGUGUCGUUCAAGUCACCUUUAUAAUCACUGUAGCUAGAUGUUCCAUGUCCAUCCAGGUGACUUACUGAGUGCAAUAUUUCAAUAGCCUGGUAGUGAGAAGGAGUGUUGCUUUUGUUUCAGCCGACCUAUGUGCAGGGCAAUGCAAAGCAAGUCCAAAACCCUUGUAAAUAGGAGAGGUUGCAAGCCAAAUCAAGAGUAUUUACUGUUAUUACUAUUAUUAUUAGGCCUGCCUUUAAUUUUAGUGUUUUGGUAUUUCGCAUCCUGCCUCGGUACUGAUCUUGUGUUCUUCGUGCCAAUAUGCAAAGGAGAGGGUCAGUCUUUCCUUUAUUGUUGAAUGCUCCCAUUUAAUGCUUUAAGGCUUUUACUGUGUUAAUUUUUUAGAUACCUGUCUGCACACAAUGCAAUAAAAAUAAUUUUAUUACACCCUU